AUGAGUGCAUCUACUGACUCCGUCAUCUCAUUCUACGACAUCAUUCUUGAUCCAGCUGCGUAUCCCGGAUCUCCAAAUCCAUGGAAGACACGAUACGCUCUCAACUUCGCUAAAGUCCCUUAUCGCACGACUUGGGUGCCCCUCAACGCCGUCGCUGAGACACGCAAUUCACUUCAGCUCCCCGCCAACCGCAAGCACAUAGACGGGAGUGACUUCCCCACGCUUCCCAUCAUCCGCGAUCCUCGUGCUCCUGCUGCCGACAAAAAGGAAAUAGUACUCGGCGAUACGUUCGACAUCGCGCUACACGUACAAAAGACCUAUCUUUCUUCUCCGUCGACGUCCUCAUCCCAACAGCUCUUCCCCGCAGAUGGAAGUGGAACGGUAGCACUUCAUCGCGCCUUCAACAAGUUCGCCGAUGAUUUGUUCUCCCAGUAUGGAGCUCCGCUUGCUGGGUGCUACAUGCCUUUCGACCCACGGACCGAAGAAGCCGACAAGAAAGCCAUGAUGGACCGCUUUCCAGGAAAGACGAAGUGGGAAGAAUUUGAAAUUCCCCGAGGAUCGGAUGUGAGGAAGAAGUUUCUUAAAGAUUUCGAGGAAGCACUGGACACAAAACUUGGACCAUGCUUUGCCGCUGCGGCAGAUGAUAGUAAGGGUCCCUUCAUGGACGGCCGGAAGACUCCAAUGUAUGCCGACUUCAUAAUCGGCGGCUGGCUGCAGAUGAUGAGAGGCUGCCUUCCCGAGUGGGAAGAGCUAAGGGAUAAGUGGUCUGGCGCAAAAUGGGGUAGACUGUUUGACGCACUGGAGGAGUGGGCGAGAGUCGAUGGACGAGAUGGCGUGGUUCCGGCACGGCGAUAG